AAAAAAACAAAAUUUUUUAUCAAAUUCAACUACAAACUUUCAUAUUAAUGUUUUUUGUUUUGUAUAGAAGCACAAGUGUUUCACGGCGCAACGCGGCACCGUGUAGUAUCUGAAAUUGAAGCGGAUCAGAGAAGGCAGAAAUUACUUGGAGCAUCAUGAAAUCCUUUGUUUUAUUGGGAUUAUUUGCUGUUGCCUUCGGUUUUGCUGCUGGGGCAGAUUAUGAAGAGGCAAUUGAAGAAAUAAACCAGGCUUUCCCGGGAAUUAUUGCAGGUCCCCCGGAAUUAAUAAAGGUUGUUUUUGAUAAUGGCGCAUUUUUGGAUCUGGGCAAGAAUAUCACACCAACGGAAACCAAAAACCAGCCCGUUGUUGUAGAUUGGAAUGCUGACAAGGAUACUUACUACACCCUGAUGGUAGUUGACCCAGAUGGACCAUCGCGAAAGGAUCCUUAUUUAAGAAACAUCCUCACUUGGUUGGUUGGAAAUAUACCUGGCAAGAACAUUACUGCAGGAGAUUGUAUAGUUGAAUACGUUAGUGCUGCUCCUCCAAAAAAUAUGGGAAUGAAUCGAUAUUUUUACUUUAUUUUCCCGCAACCGAAAAAACUCGAAUUCAAUGAAACGCGAAUUGAUAACUACACUGAAAACGGACGUACUAAUUUCUCGGUUAUAAAAUUCAUGGAGAAAUACAACUUGGGGAAGCUGGCUUUUGUAAAUUUCCACACAUCUUACUUUGAUCAACAGACAACAGAUCUUUAUAACCAGCUUAACUGUUGUGAAGAACUUAUGUAAUUUUUGAGGACAUUCUAAGUUAAAUUCAUAAAAAAGUUAGAUCUCCUUAAUAAAAUAUCUUGUGCUUAUGAAAA